AUCCCAUCACAAACGCAUACAUACACACACAAAGAUGGCAGCAGCAGCAGGUGCCUCAAGAUGGCAAUCGUUUAUGAACCAUCCAGCUGGACCCAAGACAGUCUUCUUCUGGGCUCCGAUCAUGAAAUGGUGUUUGGUUGCAGCAGGUUUGAAAGAUCUAAGUAGACCAGCCGAUAAACUAUCCGUCAGUCAGAAUGUCGCAUUAGCCACAACAGGAAUGAUUUGGGUACGAUAUUCGCUCGUAAUUACACCGGUAAACUACAGUCUAGCAGCAGUGAACUUCUUUGUCGGAACAACUGGUAUCAUGCAACUAUACAGAAUUUGG